AUGAGCGCCAUGAUAGCUCCCAUCCAGACAGACCAAAACAAUCCCGGCGUUCCUCAAACGAAACCGUCUAGUCCCGUGGUUAUUCCCAAGUAUCUGUGGCGAAUUUUCCAGUUUAUUGGACUGUUGCCGGUUUCCUAUCGUCGACCCACGGAACCUUGUCUUAAUCCUCAUAAUAACUGUUUUCUCGUGCUGUCUUCGCUGCUUUUGCUGUGCCUCAUUUUGGCGUACUCAGUUAUACGAAUUGGAGAUUAUGUUGCUCUGUACCUCGAUCAGCUGAAGGAUCUGGAGUUUUUCACGUUGAUAAGCUGCAUUUGCUUCAUAUCAUCACAACUGCAGGUGCCAUGGAUUUUCAUGCUUAUGUACAUAAAAGCCAAGUAUCUUCCAAAUUUAUUAUGCAAACUACACAAACCGCUUCUCUGGUAUGACAACAACAAAGCACGGCGGCCGUUGUGGUCGGUGAUUGCAGCACUGUUAGCUCUGCUGUGGGUCAUCGUGACCUUCAUCGCACCGGUAUUCCACCUAGGCCAGGUCAUCCGGCAGAACAUCAUUUACGAAUGGUACAAUGAUCUCAACGAUACCUGGAGCACUCCUGAAACGAAGUUCUUUAACCUGAUCGCCGCUCCGUCCUGGCUGUGGCUGGCCGUGGAAAUCAUCCAUAAAGGGGUCAUUCUGGGCGUGACCAACGGCAGCCAGAUGUUGACGUUCUUGGUGGUGCUGGCCAUUGGGAAAGGCUUUCGUGAUCAGUGUCGUCUGUUGAAGAAUAACACGGUUAAUGAUCGCAAACCGGGAUUGGAGACGUGGGUGUUCUGCCGGCGUAAUACAGCGGCAUUACUGGAUAUCGUUUAUAAAACGAACGACAUCUUUGGCUGGACGAACCUGGUUGUCUGCAUGCAGGAUCUGCUGAAUCUCAUACACUAUGUCGCGCUCAUGCUGCAGGAGAUGAUUCGCGAGCAGACACAGGAUGAAGAUACGUUCGAAGAUCAGAGGUUUGAGAAGAAAAUAAUUGAGAUACAAAACGUGGACCCACUGAUCAUGUCCGUUGUCAAUUUGGUACUACGGUUUGCGGUGUGCAGUUAUUGCAAUGAGCAGGGACAAAAGUUGGGCUUCCUGGCGCAACAGUGCACGCUGCAGUCUGAUGAUGUGAAAAUACAGAUGAAUGCCAGAAGAUCGUCACCGCGGUGUCCCGCAAUGGGAGUACGACGAUUUCUGCCGGUGGAUUUGCACAGAUUACAAAGGAAUAUUUGGCUGCGUUGGUAGGAUUGUUUCUGACAUAUUUCAUUCUGAUCUAUCAAGCUCGCGAUUCCAAGCAAGAGAUGAGGAAACUCCAAGACGGAAUCAAGAGUGACAUCAAAGGGCAGAUUUCGAAGUUUUCUAGACAAUCCAGUACAUGACAUCAUUUCUGCUUGAAUACUGCAAACUGCUCGUGGCACGGCAAAACCGUUUAUCUCGUUUCGUUUUCUAUAGAGUAAUCAAAAGUCAGGAAAUAGCAAAC